AUGAAGCCGCACCCCCCGCUGCCGCCGCCGAGCAGCCGGGGGUGGGGCGGGGGCGCGCCGGGCCGCCGCCGGGCCUUCGCAUGCGCCCUCGCCGGGGCCGCCCUCGCGCUCGCGCUCCUCUGCCUCUUCCACGGCGCCGCCUUCGGCCCCACCCUCCGCCACCCUCGCCUCCGCCACCGCGCCUUCCAGGCCCAGGCCCAGGCCCCGCUCCCCGCCGACCUCGCGCUCUCCUCCCUCCCGGUGUGCGACGCGCGGCACUCGGAGCUGAUCCCGUGCCUGGACCGGGGCCUCCACCACCAGCUCCGCCUCAGGCUCAACCUCUCCCUCAUGGAGCACUACGAGCGCCACUGCCCGCCCGCGCCCCGACGCCUCAACUGCCUCAUCCCCCCGCCCGAUGGCUACCUGGUGCCGAUCAGGUGGCCGAGGAGCCGGGACGAGGUGUGGACGGCCAACAUACCCCACACCCACCUCGCAUCCGAGAAGUCAGACCAGCGGUGGAUGGUGGUGAACGGCGAGAAGAUCAACUUCCCCGGCGGAGGCACCCACUUCCACUUUGGCGCAGACAAGUACAUUGUGCACCUUGCGCAGAUGUUGGGGUUUCCAAAUGACAAGCUGAACAACGAAGGCAACAUCAGGAACGUGCUCGACGUCGGCUGCGGGGUUGCCAGCUUCGGGGCUUACCUCCUACCGCUAGAUAUAAUUGCAAUGUCACUUGCUCCCAACGAUGUGCACGAGAACCAAAUUCAGUUUGCCCUUGAGAGGGGGAUACCGUCAACCCUUGGUGUGCUGGGUACAAGGAGGCUGCCAUAUCCAAGCCGCUCAUUCGAGAUGGCGCAUUGCUCACGCUGUCGAAUUGACUGGUUGCAGAGGGAUGGGAUCUUGUUGCUGGAAGUGGAUAGGGUUUUGAGGCCUGGAGGGUACUUCGUUUAUUCGUCACCAGAGGCUUAUGCUCAUCAUGACCCAGUUAACCGGGAGAUAUGGAGGCAGAUGAGCAAUCUGGCUCAGAGGAUGUGCUGGAGGAUUGCUUCAAAGAAGGAGCAGACGGUGAUAUGGGUCAAACCAUUGACAAAUGGGUGCUAUAUGAGAAGGGAGCCCAGAGCACUUCCUCCCAUGUGUGGCCAUGAUGAUGACCCAGAUGCUGCUUGGAAUGUCCUGAUGAAAGCAUGCAUAACUCCCUACUCCAAGAGAGUUAACAAGGUUAAAGGAAGCGAACUGCUUCCCUGGCCACAAAGGCUCACAGCACCACCCCCUCGUCUGGAAGAGAUUGGAAUCAGUUCAAAGAAUUUUUCUGAAGAUAAUGAAAUUUGGAAUUCUAGAGUUGCUCAGUACUGGAAACUUAUGAAAUCUGAGAUACAGAAGUAUUCCUUCAGAAAUGUUAUGGAUAUGAAUGCUAACCUUGGCGGAUUUGCAGCAUCACUGAGGAAAAAGGAUGUCUGGGUAAUGAAUGUAGUCCCUUUCAUGGAAUCUGGAAAACUGAAGAUCAUAUAUGACCGUGGUUUGAUAGGGACAAUCCAUAACUGGUGCGAGUCAUUCUCGACAUACCCUCGUACCUACGACCUCCUUCACGCCUGGCUCCUGUUCUCUGAGAUGGAGAAUCAGGGCUGUGGCCUGGAAGAUCUGCUGAUCGAGAUGGACCGCAUCAUGAGGCCUCAUGGGUAUGCCAUUAUCAGGGACAAAGCUGCUGUCAUAGACUACAUCAAGAGGCUCUUGCCCGCACUGAGAUGGGACGACUGGUCAUCCGAGGUGAAACCAAAGAGAGACGCGCUUUCGUCAGCAGGCGAUGAAAGAGUCUUGAUCGUGAGGAAAAGGCUAUGGGAUCAGGCACCAAAGGCAUCGUCGUAGCAAGCAAGCGCAAAAUGGUUCUUGUUCUGUUCUUAAGUAGCCACUGCUAACCGUCGUUUCCCAACUCCUAGUUGUAUUAUACAGUAGUUCUCUACCUUUUCCAUCAGCACUUCCACACACACCAUCCUUUCUCCGCAGUUUUGUGCCUGUGAUGGAAUGUUCACAGAAGAGAUAGGAGUAUGACAUGCAGAAUUGCAAACCUCAAUGGUUCUGAAUUCAUAGGACAAUAUGGUCGUCAAAAAAUGCUAAUCUCACUUCCGUAAAUUGUAGCUGUUUUAGAAUUGACACUUGGAGAUUUGCCAUUGGCCAUUACUUUUCAUGUCAGUGUGUUCUUAAAAAGCGUAAAACUAUGCUAUUAUGAUAUUUCUUUUGUUGUGACAAAGCUUAA